GGGCGCCUCGGGGGGCGGGGCUUCGCCGUCCCGCCCCCCCCAACUUGCCGCGCCGGGCGCGCGGGGCCGCGCCGCGACGGACCGACGGCUCGGCUCGGCUCGGCUCCGCACCGGCACCGGCACCGGCACCGGCACCGCGCGGGAGGGAGGGCGGGAGGGGCGCGGUGCCCCCCCCCCCGAGCGGCGGCCCCGGGCCGCGGCCCCUUUGCGGUCGGAGAGACGUGCAGCACCGGGCCCUGCGAUGCCGUUUGGCUGCGUGACGCUGGGAGACAAGAAAGAUUAUAACCAGCCGUCCGAGGUGACCGACAGAUAUGACCUGGGCCAGGUCAUCAAAACGGAGGAGUUCUGUGAAAUAUUCCGGGCCAAGGAGAAGACGACGGGGAAGCUGUACACCUGCAAGAAGUUUCUGAAGCGGGACGGGCGGAAAGUGCGGAAGGCGGCCAAAAACGAGAUCAUCAUCCUCAAAAUGGUGAAGCACCCCAACAUACUGCAGCUGGUGGAUGUCUACAUCACCCGCAAGGAGUAUUUCAUCUUCCUGGAGCUGGCCACCGGCCGUGAGGUCUUCGACUGGAUCCUGGACCAGGGUUACUACUCGGAGAGGGACACCAGCAACGUCAUCCGGCAGGUCUUGGAGGCCGUCGCCUACCUGCACUCACUCAAGAUCGUCCACAGGAACCUCAAGCUGGAGAACCUGGUGUACUAUAACCGCCUGAAGAACUCCAAGAUCGUCAUCAGCGACUUCCACUUGGCCAAGCUGGAGAACGGGCUCAUCAAGGAGCCCUGCGGCACCCCUGAGUACCUGGCUCCGGAGGUGGUGGGGCGGCAGCGGUAUGGGCGGCCAGUGGACUGCUGGGCCAUCGGUGUCAUCAUGUACAUCCUCCUCUCGGGGAACCCCCCCUUCUACGAGGAGGCAGAUGAGGAAGACUACGAGAACCACGACAAGAACCUCUUCCGCAAAAUCCUGGCUGGAGACUACGAGUUCGACCCACCAUACUGGGACGACAUCUCGCAGGCGGCCAAGGAGCUGGUGACGCGCCUGAUGGAGGUGGAGCAGGACCAGCGGAUCACGGCGGAGGAGGCCAUCUCCCACGAGUGGAUCUCCGGCAAUGCCGCCUCCGACAAGAACAUCAAGGACGGCGUCUGCGCCCAGAUCGAGAAGAACUUUGCCCGGGCCAAGUGGAAGAAAGCCGUGCGAGUGACCACGCUCAUGAAACGCCUCCGGGCGCCCGAGCAGACGGAGACAGCCCCGGCCCCGGCCCCCGCCGCCGCCGCCACCGCCGCCACGGACACUGCGGCCCCCGCAGCCCCCGGCACGCCGCCCGCCGCCGCGCAGCCCCCGGCCCCCGGCACGCCGCCCGCCGCCACGUGUAACGGGGACGGGGCAGCUACCGCCGCCGCCGAGUCCCCCAGCGAGCAGACCGGCUGAGCGGCGGCCCCCGCGCCCCCCUCUGUACAUACCCCCGGCAUGGUGUGUGUGUCCCCCGCGCCCCCGCCUGCGCCCCCUUUUCUACGUGCCCCGGCGGAGAGCCGGCCGCGGGGCAGAGCCCUGCAUGGAGCCCGUCCUCCCCCCCGGCCCCCCCGGCGGCUUUGCCGGUCGGUCUGUGUGCUGUCCCCCCCCCCCCGCUCUCUCAGUCUGUCCCCCGCCGCCGUCCCCCCCGAAGGAUGCCCAGAGAUACGGGGCAGCCCCCACCCACACACACACACCCGGCCGCACGCCCCGUGGGGAUGGGGGGGGGUGCGGGACGCCGCACGGGGCCCCCCGGGACACGCGUGCACGUGCGGGACGGCGGGGGGGCCGCAGCGGGCAGAGCACCUGGCACCCCCUCUCCAUGCCGGGGGGGGCGCGUUGCAGGGGGCGAGGGAGCACGGUCCCCACCCCCCCACACCCCCCACGGGGGCAGCCACACGGCCCCCCCACGCAUCGUGUCUGGAGGAUCCCAAAUGCCCCCCCCACCCUCGGCUCCCGCUUCCCCCCCCCCCCGCAGCUGCAUGCCUGCAGGGCCGGCUCUGCCCGCGGCUGCCGCCGCCGCCCCCCGCGCUGUAUCUCUGGCAAAUAAAGACCCCGCUGAGGACAAACUGAGACAGCACC